AUGUAUUUCGAUGUUACAGCUAUAAAACUGUGCAAUAAAAGCCAAGCUUCACUGCAAAUAUGUCAACUUUGCAAAAAUGACUUAGUAUUCUGCUAUAAUUUUAAAAUCAAAUGCCAAAGAUCUGAUAAUAUAUUAAACAGUUUACUUAAUGAAAUAGUAACUAAAGAAAUAGAUGUAAAGAGUCCCAUGUCACUGUUGACAAAAAUAGAAAUUGAAAGUAAUGGUGAGGAAAUUACAAAAGAUGAAAUGGACGAACAAGAAGAUGUCGAGUAUUUAGAUGAAAUUGACUUUAAUAUAGAGAAUUAUGGUUUAGGUAUAAUAAAAGCAGAGGAACAGUCUAGGAAUAUGGCAAGCUUUGCAAUUAUAGAUUCAAAAGAUAUUUCAUAUAGGACUUCACCAAGGAGGAAACAUAAACUAGCCAAAGAAAGAAAAAAAUUAUAUUCAUGUUCAAUUUGUCCUAAGAAAUUUCUAAAGGUGAAAAUGAUGAAAGCGCAUAUUAGGAGCGAGCAUGGACCUACAGAUCGGCCUCAUUCAUGUGUCAAGUGCAAAAAGACCUUCAGUUCUGAACAUGACCUGAACAUACAUUCGGCUUUGCAUACCGUUAGCGACAGGUGGACAUGCAACAAAUGCAACAAGGACUUUCAAGACAAAGCCCGCUUCCGGCGCCACAUCCAGCGCCACAUGGAGGCGAAGCGGCACACGUGCGCCGUCUGUGGUAAGCCGUUCUCGGAGCUGUACGCGUUGCGCCGCCACGAGCGCGUACACACGGGCCAGCUGCCGGACAAGCGUCACGAGUGCCAUCUUUGCGAGAAGAGGUACAGUUCGCGAACGCUCCUAGCCGCCCACGUGGGCCAGCACAACGGCAUCCGACCCUGCGUGUGUUCAUCCUGCGGGAAGACUUUCCCAUCCCAGCGUUUGCUCACCUCGCACCGGCUAGUGCACUCCGACAGUAAACCUUACGCCUGCCGGUACUGCGACAAGACUUUCCGCCACGAGUCGACGCGGAACACCCACCAUCGCACCCACACUGGUGAGAAGCCAUAUAUUUGCGCGUCGUGCGGCAAGUCCUUCAUCCAGAGGUCCAAUCUCGUGUUGCACAUGAGGACGCACACCGGGGAGAGGCCGUAUUCGUGUAAACUCUGCGACCGCAGUUUCACGUCAAGUUCCUCGCUUAAGAACCACACGAGGACCCAUACCGGUGACAAGCCUUACUCGUGUUCGGUUUGUGGAAAGAGGUUCGCGCGGGUGAACAUGCGGGCGCACAUGGCGCGGCACACGGGCGAGCGGCCGCACGAGUGCUCCGUCUGCAGCAAGCGCUUCGCGAGCGCCUGGCGCCUGCGAGAGCACUGCCGCUUGCACACCGGUGAAAAGCCAUUCGAGUGCGCGCACUGCACGGACAAAUUCGCAACGAAAUCGCAACUGAUGAAGCAUUUCAAGACACAUCAAAAGCAACGGAGGCAGACCAAUAAACGUGAGGUGUUCGUAGUGCGACAACUGGCAGAUACCGAGGGGAUUUGCGCUGUCGCCGACAACGUGACUUUCUCCGAUGGUACGGAGAAGAGAAACGCAGCCGAGAUUGCUGAAGAAUCCAACGGAACUUCCAGAUGCGAGUCGGUUAGUGGUCCGAAUUCUGUCCACGCUCAAGACUUGCCCCUAGAGGUGACCGAAGAAGUGGUACUGCAGGACGAAGGCGAAGAGAAAACGGAAGUGGUGGUGGAGAACGUUGUGGCUGACGGGGAAUACCGGAAUGGUGACGUGUGCGCGAGCACGGACGGCGUCAAUUUCGGCAACUACGUAACGGUAAAUGAAGGCGGCGUCAGUAUAUCCUCCAAUGCGAUGUUAGAGGGCGCCACCGUCAAACUCUACCAGUUGGACCAGAGCCUCGUCCAGAUUCACAGGUCUCGUAGGCAAUUGACCAUAAGCAAAAUAACCAGUAGUAAGAUGACGGCAAACUUU